UCAUAGGUCACUGGGAGGAUGAAACAGAUGCAAAAUACUUAGAGCAGUGCCUGGCCUUGUAGCUUAGCCCACACUGCGGAAGCAGAAAUGCUCAUUAUCAUUGUUAUUCUAGAGGAGAUCCAGCCCUAUGCGGGGGUUGUAUCUGGCUGUGCCCUCUCUUCGGGUCUGGUGGGGUCUGGGUCCCCGGUCUCUGCUGAAUCGAGACCUUCUCGCCCUUCUAGAUGAAGAUGACAGUGAGCUGGAGCACGUCACUCCGUCCCUGGUUAAAGGUUAUCACUUGCUCCUGGAAACGGGAAAGGUCGGGGUUGGGGGGGGCAUGCCAGCCUCCCCUCUGCUGGAGGAGAUAAAGGAGGUCACUUGCCUUCUCCGUGACAGGUGGGGGGAACCCGGGGUGUAUAAAUGGGGGGCCAGGAGGCAGCAGAGACACAGACUCCCAGGGAGGUUGCGUCGCUGUGCCCCAGCGUCCCAGGUGUUCCUGUCCAGCAUGGCCAAGUGCUCGCUGCUGCUGCUGCUGGCCGUGUGGGUGCUGGCUGGGGAGCUGUGGCUGAGCACCGAGGCCCGGACAUCACCCUACGGAGUGAAGCUUUGCGGCCGGGAAUUCAUCCGGGCCGUCAUCUUCACCUGCGGGGGCUCCCGAUGGAGGCGGUCAGACAUCCUGGCCCAUGAAGCUACGGGUGACACCUUCCCAGACACAGACUCUGACACAGACAGCGAGCUGGAUGGGGCAGUAGCCUCCAGCGAGUGGCUGGCCCUGACCAAGUACCCCCGGGCUUUGUAUGCAGACCGACCUGGCUGGCAGGGAACUCCAGGGGCUCUGCGCGCUGUCCGUGAUGUCCUGGAUGGCCUCUCCAGCAACUGCUGCAAGUGGGGGUGCAGUAAGAGUGAAAUCAGCAGCCUCUGCUAGACCAGCCACCGGGUGGCCAGGGGCCCAGGGGCCAGCUGGGCACCUGACUCUGGCCCCUCAUGCGUUCAUUCAUCCGCAACUCAGGGGUCAGGCACUGUGCACUUGGACACGCCCCCCCCCCAUGACCCUGACCUUUGACCAGCCUCUCCUAAACCGGAGCAAACUUCCCCUACCUGGCCAAAUGGGAACCUCUGAUCCUGACCCCUGACCUCUCCUUAGGUCAUAUCAUGCCUUUGCCUGGCCUAUACUGUUCCCUGCCACAGUGGCGCCCCUAUUGUACUGAAACCGGCCACGCUGAGACCUUUGCCCAAACUGCGAUUCUCUCUUGCCCCAACUGUGGCCACUCUUCCAAAUUACGCCCCGGCUCCAUUCCAGCCUUUGCUCGUUGCCUUCUCCCUGCCUUCCAGCCCCUCCUCCUCCAACCCCACCGGCUGGGGUUCUAGAGCUGUGGACCCUAGAAUAAUGGUGGGGACCCCUGGGCUCCCUUCACCCAUCCUGGGGUGGGAGGCUCGGUGGGGGGGACCGAUCGGAACCUUCUUCGACCCCAAUAAUAAAAGUUCCAAAGGAC